AUGCUGGAACGAAAUAACGUAGUCAACAAGGGCCUCUGGGUCAGAAAUAAGGCGGAUAUCAAAAGUCCUGGUGAUUUCAUCUUCAGAGCGAACUCCUUAGAUGCCGAUAGUGUGCUGCAGAAUAACUUCGAAGGAUUUGGCGAAAAUAAUGUGCAAAAUUCGCCGUUCAUAGCGAGCUACUUUGAAAGAAACAAGAGGUCGCCAAUUAUUGAAACGAAACAGCAAUCAAAAGAAAAUUCAAAUAGAUGUAAGAAUAAAACUCAAUGCUUGAACAAGGAUCAGCAAAUCGCAUCUAUAGUUAAAUCUAAGUUAAUUUCAACCCUGAAGCCUGGAUCUGUUUUCAAUGAAUACCCUCAGGCAGUGGCCGAUUUAAUCAAUGAUAACGAAAAAUAUGAUGUCGAUAACUUUAAACGAAAUCACAUUGAUAAUGAUAAAGAUAUAAAAAAUAUAAACAAAGAUACAAAAGCCAUAUCAAAUGAUCUUAUUAAAUCAAAUAAAGAUAAUGCUAUAAAGCUUAAAACAGGUUUUACUGAAGCCAAUGAAUUACUUAAUACCACUUCAUUUAAAAUACAAGAUAUCAAUGGAACUGAAGUAAUACCAAGACGUUAUAAACAUAGUAAUGAAGCUGAAUUCACUGAAUAUAUUGAUUUAAAAGUUUCCAACGAUACAGUAACUGACAAAAAGAAUACUAUUAGGGAUGUUUACGAUACAGAUGAAAUUAUUUGGCAGAAUUCGGCUCCAAUUCCUGAUACCAACGCGUAUAAAACUUUACCAAAAUUAAAGGGAAAUAAUCAAAAUAAACCAAUUACAGAAAGAGGUCUAAUUAAAGUAUUAACGAUGCUGACAAAAACGUUCAAGAAGAUUAUGAAACAACAUAAUGAUAUCAAGAAAAUCCACAACAGAUUAUAUAAUUUAAACGAUGAUUUUGUAAAUAAUGUUCAAGUAUUAACAAAGAAAUUUGAAGAUUUCAACUCGAAAUACUUUCAUAUCAUGAAAGCAAAUCAAGAACUAAAAGAAAUGGAAAUUAAUUUAAACGAGAAAGAACAUUAUUUUUUGACUAAAGAUAAAGAAAUAUCAAAGAAUUUAAUAGAAUUCGAAAGUCAACAGAAGAAAUUCUUAGCACAACAACGACAAUUUUACGAUGCACAAAAACUGAUACUAUCACAAAACGAAAAAAUACAAUCAAAACAGAAUGACAUAGCUAAGACUCAGAGCGAUAUCGCAAAACGGCAAAAGAAUUUCGCGAGAAUAUUAAAAAAGGCCAAACAAAUCUACGCAAAGAAUAAAAAUGUUGCUAAAGAAAAAUUAAACACUGGUAUUCCUAGACCGAAGCCUAAUUAUCUUAAAGAAAAAGCUAAAACAUUUCAGCCUGAAUAUACAAAUAGAACCACAACUGAAUCAGUGAAAAUCAAUCUAUUCUCGAUACCAACAGCCAGCGGGAUUGAAAAUCAAGAUAAAUUAUUACUAGACGAAAAAGAUCACCAUGCGAUAGAUGAUUUAAUAUACAAAUAUUACUUCAACAACACAUUCAUUGACGAAAUAAUGAAAAAGAAAAUCCUAUCAACAUUUUUAGCUGCUCCUGAAAACAUAGAUAAUGUUAAAAAAAGUAAAAGAAACGAAAUAAAAUUGAACACAACACUUCUUUUACCAGUUAAUAAUACAAAGAAAUACGUUAAAUAUAAUAGAGAAAGGAGAUGGAUCAAGCAUUCCAAGAAGAAUAUUCACAAACAAGACAAAACGACUGUCACUCCGGUUGCAAAUAUAAAAGAAAAUAUCAUCAAUAUCGGCCAUACACUUCCUCCUUUGAGUAGAGUUAAUUUAAAAAAAACAAAAACCCAAGUGAAUGACCCCUACUUGACUAUGACGCUGAACUUUUGCAAAGAAAUCGGACAGAAUACAAACUUAAAAGCACUUGAUUGGUGUGUGGAGAAAACUUUGAGAAAAUUACAAGUUAUGGACUUUAAACCGGCGUCUAUCAUGCCACCAUUAAAACAGAGCAAGGGACCACAAAAGCAAAAUAAUUCACAAAACAUCACGUCAGAAAAGCCUUCCACAUUGAAAACAUCGACUUUAGCAGACCUUCAUCCUUCAAAGUCUACGACGACAGAACCACUACCGACCAUCUUCUUUCCAGACAACGAAGAGCUUGAAGAUAAGUUAAAAGAAUACGAAUUGAAACCAGAUACAGAAGGGAACGUGUACUAUGACGGCAGCUUGCAUUCCAACAACUUUAUUUCAGUAAAAGUAGACAGUGAAGGAUUUUCAGACGUUAUGCCGGGACUCGAGAGUGACUCCAGGGUGCAAGUGGAUCCUCUCGCAUUCGACCUCCAAGCACAGCGAAGAGCUGAAGUUCGCAAAAUAAAUGAAAGGAUAUUGAAGAUGAGAUUCGGCUGA